UCCGCAAGCACUCGUCACACUUUUGCGUCCUAUGCCAGCUUGCGUGCCGGCACUCUGGGCAGCAGUAUUCUAGGCCGCCUUCGCGCGCCGGGCCUGCCAGGCGGCACCUCUGCAUCAAGAUGUUCACAGGCUCGCGGAGGCAUCGUCCUCCAGUCACGCAUACCACAUCGGCGUCGACACACCCCAACGCUGCCUCCGCUGCCGCCUCUGCCUUCAUGGCUGCCGCUGCGAAUCAGAAUGCCAACAGGUCGCUGUCCUCAGCAGCAGCAGCCGCUGCUCUGCGGGCACGGCCUCACACUCCAAUCAAUGUCGGCGCUGUCGAAACAAAACGGACACAGCGCCGGAGCGGAUCUGUCUCAUCUCAUGGCAGCGCCGCGCGCUCGAGCUCGGUCAACGCCAGCGCGCGGCGCGGCCGUGGUCUUGAGAGGAGGCAGAGCUCCGGAAGCAUGACGGAGCGCACUUUUCGCACACCGAGUCCGUCUCCGCAUCGAGCACCAGCGAUGCCCGCACAGCCGCACCCUCCCGUGCCUCAGAUCCCGGCAAAUCACAGAAAAACCCAGAGCGUCGGAAUGCAGACUUUCAGGACUGCAUCCCAGAAGAUGAAGUCGGAGCCGCCAGCAUAUUACGGCUCACCACAGGGGAACCCUGGCAACGUCAGAACUUCAGACGGACCCAUGAGAUCUCAAAUGGGCGUUUCCCAUGAGCAAGCCGAGCCAUAUGAGCGACCUGGUAGUCGAGCUUCCUCAAUCAACUAUUCAUACCCGACCAAAUUUCGCCCACAAUCACCGCCUGCCUCCCCGACCUCAUAUCGUGCCCCGAUACCAGAAGAACCGCGCCUGAACGUUCCCAUCUCACCCCCUCGAUCGAGCAGGACAUCUGCAGCGUCCUCCGUCGGGAGCAAAUCAGAACCAGCACUGGUAUAUGAUCCAAAUUCGAGGCGGAUGGUUCCCUCGACACAACCAAGCAGCAUCGAGUACGAAGUGCGUGAGGCAGCUAACCGGCAGCCAAAGAAGAAAAAGACCCCGGAUGGGGGGUUGGGACGAAGCGGCAGUCACCUUGCGAAGGGAACGAUGAACCGAGCAAAGGGUACGGCAGUCAACAAUGUACCUCCAGAAGUUCAGCCGGCUCGCAAACCGGAAGCCGAGGUUCUCCCUUCUCAGCAAGAACGACAGCAAGAUGAAGCCGAAGACACAACUGUACAGCAAGUUGCUUCACCAAUAUCUUCUCCCCCGGAGCGACUUGCCAGUCCACCCCCUGCUCGAGCAGUCGGCAAGAAACCAUCGAUGGUCAGGGAGGACCCAGAAGGCGAGGAAGAGGUGCCCGAAAUCAUCACGCCUUUGUCGCAACGGGUCUUGGACGCUGUCGAAGCAGUACCAGAGCCUAUCCUCGAGCAGCGACGCAUGGCAGCUCGACAACUCGAAGGCGAAUCUGACGACGAAGAACAACAGAACAAGGAUGACAGUACCGAUAUACAUCACUCGACACAGUCGGCAGGAGCGCCAGCUUCAGUGCCCGAGAACAAGGCUGUGACGCAGCUAGCGAAGGAAUCGACCGCAGUCAGACGCGCCGUCUCGAUCAGCCCAGACAGACGGGCUCGAUUUGGGCCGAGUGUGUCUGAGCAAUUGACUGUACGACAUCAGCCACUCCCACGAUCAGCAUCACCAAUCAAAUCCGCAUUGAAGCGCAGUGGUACUUCUUCAAGAGACGUUUCGCCUUCUGAGAACGGAUCUGAAAGUAUAAAUGGGGCUGCUGCGACGACGCAAGAUCCUGGAGCUGCUCGCAAAAAAGCUGUCCGUGUAAGCUUUGAUGAGCGCAGCAACGUCAUUAUGGGUGAAUCUGCGGGCGGCGACUCGCCUGCAUCAGCCAGUCCGCAGAGCUCUAAGCGACCAUGGUACAGUAGCAUCGGCCGGAGCAAGAAGCGGGAUGUGAGUCUUGACGAUGAUGAGGUCAUGAAGCCAAGGCCGGCACUCCCCAGCUUUGGUAGCAUUCGCGAAAAGAAGGCGCGCGAAGUCGAAGAACGGCCACUUGUUAGGCCAUCCGACGGGGUUCGCACCACGCCUGAGCUACCAUCGCAAAGUACGGCCCCGGAAAACUCCGAGAUUCCGACAUACCGGACGGCUGACGAACAAGCUCAACUGGAAGCCUCAAGUGAUCACGCUAUAGGCUCUGUUCUCGCGCGAGAUCACGAGUCGCGGAAUGAGGCCAAUACAUCGAGAUUCCGAGAGCCGCUGCCUCCGGUCGUCACUUCUGUGGACAGUAAUGGUUACCACAUGGAUACCACCACAGAUGAUAGCGACGAUGAUCUAUUUGACCAUGAUCAGACGCCUCAGGGCGCCUCUGCUGUGCACACCACUCAGUCUUCACAGCAGCAGGAUGAGCCAUUGGAGAAUCUACAAGUUGAGCCACUCGAGGCUGUUGAGGACAAGGUUUUGGUCCAGCCAGAAACAGUAGCACGAACGGCGGAGUCGCCAGCUCAGCCUGUUCCUGCCAUCACCGUCAUUCUCCCGAGUCCCAUGGCUCACGAGGAAGUGGAAAAGACAUCAAAUAGUGCAUCGAGACAGUACUUUGACGUUCCUGGAGGGUUUCCCGACGAGGACUCUGGGGAUGCUGACCGCACAACAUCACAGACAGCAGGUCCUUCCACCACCGUCUUUGAGCCUGAGGCCACCAUUCAACCUUCGCAAGCUGGCACACUCCCUCAGACCAAACUUGUGACGACUAGAUUGGCUUCCCAGGCUCAGCCUGAAUCGGAAGGCAGUUCUGACGAGAGCAUCUACAGCGAUGCGUAUGAAGACAUUUCUGACAUGGAGGGAGGCUUCAUGUCCAUUGAUGCGGUUGUGGAAAGCCCCAUCACCAAGAGCUCGGCGUCAUUCUCCUCGCACCCCCCCGCGAGUCCUGUUGGGAAGGGCAAGGUCAUGGCAGAUAGUCCGGUAUCGGAUAAGAAGAAGGAAUCGGCGUCGUCACCUGCGAUCGACCAGAAGCCAGUCGGCGCCGAGACACAGGAUGAUUGGUCGCAAGCCGAGACACAGGAUGAUUGGUCGCAAGCCGAGACCUUUUGGCGCAGUCUGACAGCCGAAAAACGACAACGACUAGCUCGCGAGGUUCUAGAAGAUGAAGCAGCUGAAGGUGAUCGCGAAGAGGUGUCCACACCUGUUCGUCGCAACAGCUCUCGCAGAAAGUCGGCAGAACAAAAGAAGGCUGCCGCAGAAGCUGCCGCGGUGUCGGAUGUCGCACAGGACGUACACAGUCGCUCUGAGAGAACUUAUAUGAUCCAGCCGGGAUCCAAAGCCACGCACGACGUGCUGUCAACCCCCGAGGAUGUGCACAUGCGCAAGUCUUUACGCGGACCUCAAUCCGGCAGGUCGGCUGCGCCAGCAGCUCACAAAGGCUCCCUGCGCAAGUCUAUGAGGGGCGCACCGGAGCCUCGGGUAACCUCUCCGACUGCUGCCGACCGCUUCAGAGAUUCGCGGCCGUCGACUUCGUCAUCGGCUCUUCCAAGUCAGAUGUCAAAUGGAGCAGCGCUGACUGGGACAGGUUUGGUUGACACCAAGGCAGCUAGUACAGCUUUGGCCAAGCAAAUGAUGCCCAAGCUUUCCCGCAGAGGCUCGGAUGCUAGUGAUAGCAGCUUCCAGCGAUCGCGUCGACCUGCCUCAAGUGCAGGGUUUGCUUUCCGUAGCUCCAUGAGACAAGGAUCUGCCUCCGGAAAAGAGACUUCGCCGGCACCGCGGGAGUCGACCAAAGGAUCUGGCCGAUGGAGCCUUCGCUCCCUGUCCCCGCCCGCCACGUUCCGGCGCAAUUCCUCGAACUUCAGUGCCAGCAGUCCGCCAUCCGGCAUGAUGCGCCAGUCCCUACGCGUGAACAGCGACAAUGGUCAAGUCAAGCGUAACUCUAUCCACCUGCCAUUCGGUCGCGGCCAAAAGUCUCCACCUCAGAAGAAGUCCACCAGAAGUAGUAGAUUCGCCGGGUCAAGCGACGAAGAGGAAGUGAUGAGCACAGGUUUCCAGAGCCGCUUCCGCGACUCGAGCGAUGAGGACGAACGUCCAGGUUCCUCUUCCCAGGGCAGCGCACUGUCACGGGGAAGCCUCCGCGACAAAUCGCGCAACGCCAAUGCCUUCCGUGGAGCAACGCCGGUCCCAGAAGAGCCAGAGGACUCGCCUGAUCUUCCCGACAGCGACGAUGAGAAGCCUGGUCGAGCUCCACGAAAUGCUCAGACAGCGGCAGCCAUGAUGGUGCAGCGCCCAGGCGUUUUGUCGAGAACGGCUUCCGACAAUAUCGGGACGAAUGCUCUCCGCAGAUCGGGCUCCGGCCGUGGCAACUUCACGACGACAAUCACAUCUCAUGGCGCCACUCCACCAAGGGAGCGGAGAGGUUCAUUUAUGGGAAGCAUCCUGCGGCGCAACAAGCGCCCAGAGCAGGCUGGCAAGAUUCAGCGUGCGGAGGUUACUGAGAGUGCCGCGCGUCGGGACACACGCCUCGAGCGGGACACUGACGUGCUCAAAGAGCUGCGGGCUGACCAGCGCCCGACAAGUCCCCGACUCCAGCGUAAGCUGUUUGGAAAGAAGCGCGAAGAUAGCUGGCCCUUGCCCCAGGAGCAGGAAGCUACUGCGGAUGGCAAGACGGACGAAGCAGCCACUGCUUCCAGCCCAAUACAGCAGCGGCCAGCAUCCUCGAGCGGCAAGCUCAUCAAAAGCAGUGUGGCGCACCAGCGGCCUAGUCUGGCGGGCCGGCGAAGCACCAGCCUGGGACUGCCUGGGGUUGCCGCCACCAACGGGAACAGCAACGGAGUGCCUCAGGUGUCUCGCCUGGCCUAUGACCAGGAAAGCCUGGUCGCAGUGAGCGAAGCUGGGGGACCCAGGAAGAAGAAGUUUGGCACACUCCGGCGAAUGUUUGGCCUCUCUGGCUAGGAGCGAGACGCCGCCCAUGAACUCGUAUGGCACAGCUGCUAUUCGUCGUCCUGUUCGUCACGCGCCGCCAUCCUUGUUGGCAAACUG